AUGGCUGAACACGUGACACCAGACACUGGACGGAUGAGAUCACAGCAGUUUAUUAAUCACAAAUACUCACAGCCUGGGGGAGGAGGACACCCCAGCCGGGCAGGACCACAUUGGGCUGCACUUGGGAAUAGAGCAAUCAACAAGGGGCUGGAGGAGAUGGGCUCUGGACCAUCAAAAAGGUAUUCUUUUCAAGUAGAUAUUAGAUUUUCACUGUACGUGGAUUUCAAGGAGUGUGGAUAUAGCCUGGCAAGACAUCCACGCUAUUUUAACCAGCUCUCCAGUGGGCUAGAUGUGAUUGGACUUACAGGGGAAUGGUUGACAGCCACUGCAAAUACCAACAUGUUUACCUAUGAAAUAGCUCCAGUAUUUACUGUCAUGGAAACAAUUCUUCUUAAGAAAAUGUGUGAAAUUAUUGGCUGGAGAGAAACAGAAGCAGAUGGAAUAUUUUCACCUGGUGGGAGUAUAUCAAACCUCUAUGGUAUAUUAGUAGCUCGUUCUAAGCAAUAUCCAGAGAUAACAACAAAAGGCAUGACAGCACUUCCAUGCAUUGUAUUAUUUGUUUCUGAACAAAGUCGGGUCAAUAUUCAGUAAAAAAAAGCUGCAGCAAUCCUUGGUAUGGGAACUGAUAAUGUAAUUGAAGUAAAAUGUGAUGAAAGGGGAAAGAUGAUUCCAGCUGAGUUAGAGAAAAAUGUAUUACAAGCUAAAAGGAAGGGCCAAACUCCUUUUUAUGUCACUGCCACAGCUGGCAGCACAGUGUUCGGGGCCUGCAACCGACUCCACGACAUCGCAGAUAUUUGUGAGAUGCACAAACUCUGGAUGCAUGUGGAUGCAGCUUGGGGAGGUGGAUUGUUGCUGUCCAGAAACCACUCCUAUAAACUCAGUGGCAUUGAAAGGGCCAACUCUGUGACCUGGAAUCCACAUAAAUUCAUGGGUAUCCCCGUUCAGUGUUCUGCUAUCCUGACUGGGGAAAAUGGUCUUCUCGGAGCAUGUAACCAGAUGCAAGCUGGAUACCUUUUCCAGCCUGAUAAACUCUACAAUGUUGACUUUGACACUGGGGAUAAAAGUAUUCAGUGUGGCCAACAUGUUGAUAUCUUUAAGCUCUGGUUAACGUGGAAGGCAAAGGGAACCUAUGGCUUUGAGGCACAGAUCAACAGAUAUAUGGAACUUGCAAAAUACUUUUAUAAAGUUUUAAAGAGAAAAGGUAACUUUAAGCUAGUAUUUGAUGCAAAGCCUGAGUUCACCAAUGUCUGCUUCUGGUACUUCCCACCAAGACUUAAACAUAUCCCCCCCCCCAAAAAAAAAAACAUAUCCCAAAAAAUUGCUCCAAACAUUAAAGCAUAAAUGAUAGAGGAAGGCACAGCCAUGCUAAACUACCAGCCUUAUGGGGACAAAGUAAAUUUUUUUCGAAUGGUCUUUUCUAAUCCUGUCACAAGACAAACUGAUGUAGACUAUGUUACUGAUGAAAUUCAAAGACUUGGGAAAGAUUUAUGA